GGAAAAGAUAUGGCAGACACCUCCCUCGCGAUCCAACAGUCCAUGUCUGAGAGGAAGCCCCCUCGCAUGCCUAAGUGCGCCCGUUGUCGCAUCCACGGUAUGGUGUCAUGGUUAAAAGGGCACAAGCGAUAUUGUAGGUGGCGAGAUUGCAACUGUGCUCAAUGCACACUGAUCGCAGAGAGGCAGCGUGUCAUGGCGGCGCAAGUGGCGCUUAGAAGACAGCAGACACAGGAGGAGACCAUGCGGGUACAGAUAGCUAAGAAAGCACAGGCGUACGUACCUCCCCUUGUCAGCCCUGAACCGCAGUUUAACCACGGUGUCGCAAGAAUUCACUCAGAAGAGGCACAGCCCGUGUUCUCGUACCACCGCGCGGACGGUCAAGGUAAGUGAACCAUAACACCGUAUUUCAAACGUCUUACUUCAUCAUUGUUCAUUAUUUUUUCCUCAAGAAAAUGCAAUUUCGAUUCGCGCGACUUUAAAUAUCUGUAAUUUACAAGCGACUUUCCGGUCGUUUGUAAGAAUCCUUCGCCGACGGGUACAAUUUAUAACAUGUAGCAAAUUGAUGUAUGUUUGUAGUUCCUUAACUUGUCAAUUACACGCCUCCAUCGCAAACAGUAAAGCGUUUCAUCUCGGGAAACUUAAGCGUUCAGUUUAGAUAAGGUUUAUCGCGCCUUUUAUCAAAUUGUGACAAGGUUCUCUUUUUUGAUAUCGCGCCAAGUGGAACUGACGCGAAAAGCUACGCUCAAUUUCCUUGGACUGCCCUUGCAUUUUAAUGUUGAUGGCGGAGCUUAAAUAUGCGAGAUAUGGUCAACAGAGCAUCUAAUUAGCUCUUGUUCCUCUCUUUUGUAAAUCAGUGCACUUUGUUCGCUAUUGUGUCUCACAACUGAUGAAACACAGCAAAAGUUCUAUCCGGAACAUGUCUGAGGAUCGAAAUGAAGUUUCAUCUGUCGAUCGGCGCUUCUUUUGCGAACUGUCUAAAGAAAAAACCAAAACCACCAGAAUUUAAAGUCUGUCAGGUUUUAUACCUGCCAUUGUGUCUGUCCCAAACUGGAACAAAACAGUUUUCUUGUGGCGAUAAAAGCCGAUUACAAAGGGUUCGCAUCAAUAAAAUUUUUUAGCAUUUUCAAGCAUAGGUUUCUUGCGCAAAACCUUCGCGCAUGAAGUUUUUAGUCUUCCUUGAUCGCUGGCGAAAAAUCUUUUUAUUAGUCUCUAUUUUCUUUUACGUCUACGAAAAUUGUUUGUUCACUUGAUACGUGCUAUUAGUUAAGCGUUCCUUUCAAAUUGACGAGCUGGAAAUUGUACCCUUUAAAAGCUUUUGCUAUAAAAUUAAAUAACUAUAUAAAUGUAUAGCCAGAUAAAAGCGUAGCCGAAAUGAUAGAAAAGAAAUCGUGUACGCCUGUCAUACCGAAUACUGACUUACAUAAGUACUACAUAACUUACAUUAAUAAUUCGCGACAUUUUCGCGCAGAAACACUUCGUAAUUGCUAAGCUCUUAUCUAGAAACAAAUGAACAGUGAGAUCGAUAUUAGAAAGUUGUUUUUUCUCUCGUCAAAGCCAGAUUCUACAAAGAAAUGUUUCCGUCGCCUAGCUACCAAGCCAUUGGACAAUUUGUGCUUUUUCGAAGUUCUUGUGAACAUGCGUUCAGGCGCUUCAAUACAUUACGUGGGAUAGAUAUUGUUUUCUUCGUUAGAGACAGUCGAUUUAUAAUUGUCAAGCUCUUCAGAAAAUGGGUAGACAUAUCAUAAAAAAUGACCGUAUUUGCAUUCAGGAGAAAAAGCGAAGCCUGGAAUACGAUUUCCUUACUUAGUACCCCCUAGUCAAAAGAAUAUUCAUUAGAAAAAAAUUGCGUCAAUUGGUUGAAAUUUUCCUUUUUAUGUAACAAGUGUAAAUAAUAUUGUCUCUCUUUCUUUCGUGCUUUUACGGGAUUGCAAUCCUCGUUCACUGAUGCCAUUAAAAUAUUAUAAAUUACACAUCUUCCUGUUAGAUAUUCUCAGUUUAUCGACUUUGAUAUUUAAGUUGCUUCGCUAAAACUAACACUUGUUUAGUCAAUAACAAGGCACGUAACCGCACAAGAGGCAACGAGGCCGCUUCCCUCGGUCGGUUUCCCUCGCUGAUCUAACAAUGCCAAGAUCUCUUAAAUUUGUGCUAAGAUUUGAAUAGAAAGUACAUCGUCAAAACAUUUCGUACUGGAAAUACUAAUUUAAUAAAAGUCAUGUUCUGGGAGAGAAGAUAAUCUGAAAUGGCCACAACCUUUUAGAUGAAUGAUACAUAUUUGCACCUUUAGAAUUCAUCAUCAAUUUUCGGCUGAAUCACCACUGGCGCACUUUGAAACUUUACAAGAUCACCACAUAAAUGAUGGCUGUAUGGGUGCUGAUAUAAAUGACUUCUUUACCUUAGAAUCAGGUGGUUUUACUCUUAAGCCAUCUUUAGGAAAGUGUCCAUUGAAGUAAAUUAGACAAAGAAGUUCGUUCAAACUCGGCUAUAUUUUACAUCACUGUUCGCCAGCGAUCUGAUGAUUUUCUCGAUUCCCGGCAAACGUAAAGCCUUAGCAUAUAGAUUCUUUUACUCUCGAUUUUCUGUUUGCUUUAUUUGGCUAACAAGACAAAGAACAAGAAUGCUUGAAUAAUAUUGAAUCAAAAAUGUAUUUGAUUUGAUAAGUAACCCUCAAGUGAACGAGCGAAUAAUCAUUUUAUGCUCUGACAUGGUUAUUUUUUAAUCCACAACGAACCAUCAUCUCAUCUGUUUAAGAGGCUUCCAGACGAAAAUUUAUAAAGAAUAUACAAAAAAAAAAUUCCUUGCUUUUACAUUUUGGGAUGGAUUUGAUUUUAAGUAAAAUAGAUCUAUCUCCGGAACAGCUUUAACUUACCACAGAAACUCAAGGAGCAACCUAAGAGAAAUUCUAAUGGAACACUCGAAAUGGUAUUCAUUUUCAAAUCGAAAAAAUAAAAUUAAAGUCUCAUACGAAUUACAGAAAUAAUUUAAAAAAGCUCUUAAUGGUCUGCAGUUUUUCCAAAGAUCGGUAGUAACCUUCACGACUAGCAAAAUCUGACGAAUGUUAUGAAAGUUUCAAGAGACAGAAUGUUUGACGAGUGUACUGACAGCUUUCACUUCCCAGCAAGUAAUUCAACGUAUUUGAAGUGUUGUUUAAAAUAUUUCUGAAAUACAUAUACAGUAUAACUAUAAGUUGUUUAUCCUCUUUUGUGGCAUUCAUCAAAUUUAACAUAAAUGCUGCGUGCAUUUGCCUUACAAAAGAAAUUUCUGUAAUUUCUGGUCGUAAUUCAAGACUCGUUGCGAACUGAGUAGAAAUUUAUGAUGAAUUUAUCAGAUAAUAAUUGAAUUGCCAGGCUAAGAAAGCUGGAUAUGUUAUAGAGUACGUUGUUGAUGGAGAGCCUUUACGUAGGACUUACGUCAGGGAGUUCAUUUUUUUUUUCGGCCAACCUCCCACAGAAAGCACCAUAUGUUUAAGCAAUAGACUCCAAUUUCUUUCGGUUUACCGACGUAAUAACCCACUUGUGAUGCUGAGAGAACACGAGAAAACUUUGUAAAUAGAUCGCGAGCUAGAGGCGAGUGUUUUUUUCCUAUUUUGCCGCGAGUUAUAUAUUUUUUGCCCUUUUUUGUUCUCCACGUGGAAUUUCAGACCCUUAGCGCUUUAUGGUUACGUUAUUAAAUUUACGAAGCCCGUACUUGUUAAACUACCAAUUUAAGCGUGUGUGUCUUCGUUCCUUUGUCUAGAGCUGGAAAAGGAAGAGAUUAUAAAAACCCCGAUAACCUCUCAAUCAAAAUCUGUUGAGUCCUAUGAGGUUAAAAUCAAGGAGGAACCAGUGAGUCCGGAAGAUUUUGAGAAAGAUCACGGCUCAGAUGCUGAAGAGAACCACAAGAGAUCUUCCAUUGAUGAAGAUAAAGAACCUGAUUUCGAGCGACGAAAAGUACCCCGCCUCUCCCCCCACAGGAAAGAAACGGAAGCAUUUAAAUUUUCUUUAGAACUUCUCCAGCGGAUUUUUCCUGAUCAAAGUAGAGCCAUUCUAGAGCUCAUCCUUGGGGCUUGUGAAGAAGACCUGGUCAAAGCUAUAGAGUCUCUUCUACCGGAGAACAAUCAAAGACCAUUUAGCCUGCCUCUUCCUCUUAGAAGCUACGGUUCUGCUUCCUUUAUCCCCUGCGACGGCAAUCAGGCUAAGUCAGCGUUCUCUCCCAUCGCCAAGUCUCCAUCGUAUAUGUUUCCAGGAGCUCUUGCUGCGCAAGCGCAGUCGUUGAAGAGUCCGAACGACAAAAGCCCCAAUACACCUAGCGCAUUUCAGCCCGUUCAUUCCACGUGCAGCCCACCUGAACGUAGCCCGUCAAUGGCAGAUAGGUUCCAGUUUCCCGUCGUUGCGGGGUAUUUUUUUAACAGGCCUGGCACGUCGGCUCUUCUCUCGCUUAACCCCGCACAGCAGAGGAAUGGGGCAUCUCAGCCGGGAACAAGAUUCUGUAGGCAUUGUGGGCACCCGAGCAAAAUUGGAGACAAGUUUUGCAGUGACUGCGGCAAGUCGUUGGAGUGAACUUAAUAACGAUUGUUAGCCUAAAUAAUUUGAACUGCUGAACAGAAUUUUACAUUACCUUUUCUUAUCUAGAACACUGGAAAAUUAAUCUAGGUGGUUCAGGAGUGCAAUGUACUGAUGGCCGCUAAAGAAAUGUGUGUGUCGUGAAGAAAGAAGUGGAGUUAGAAUUUACUGUGUGUAUUUAGUAAAUCGUGAUCGAUUCGCUACCCCUUGGUAAAGGGGUAACUGGGCAUGCGCUUGCUUGUGCAUCAUUCGACCUCGACCCCAGGGUUCCUCUCUCUCUCUCUCUCAUCAGGAAGGAGAAGAAUCCUAGACACGAUGAUGGGUAUAAUAAGGAAUUUUUUAAUGUAUUCGAUAAAAUUUGCAUGAGAGAAUGCCCUAAGAUUAACUUGUUUAUUUCAUCUACAAUAUGAUUUUAAGGGCAGCCGUUACUGUGAAGCAUUUUGGAAUGGAAAGAGAUGGUUUUCUUGCCAUCUCUGCAAAAAUAUAAAUGUCGGUUUUUAUGGUACAUUUAUUGGACUCCUGAGUUAUUUAUAGUGCGUUUGUUUGCUUGUGCAAAUAUCUGAGGUUUGAAAAUUACAGUUAUUUUUAGUAAAAUAAUAUCAUCUCAACUGAGGCAACACAAAGCUAUUGUUUUGGGAACGU